AUGAAUUUGGCUGUAAACAAGUGGUCACGUAAUACAUAUGCAAAACACACAAUGGAUUUCAAUGCAGAGAAAUAUAACGAAUCAAAUAAAUUGCAAAUCAGAGACGCGAAGGAUUUGAUGACCAAAAUAAUUGCCGAAAAUGGACACAAACAAUACGAUAUAGUGUUGGACAUCGGGUGCGGAUCCGGGAAUAUAACCAAAACAUUGGCCGACGUAUUGAACGCCAAACAAAUCUAUGCCAUAGAUGUGGACAAAGAGAUGAUAGCGUUUGCCGGCAAAAAUCACGGCAAACCUAACGUCCAGUAUUUGGCCCAAGACUUUGGUCUCGAAUGGGAUCUAUUGUCGCCGACACUGCGAGCACUGGAGGGCAAAGUGGACCUCAUAUUUACCAACCAUUGUCUCCAUUGGAUUAUCAAUAAGCGAAAUGUGGUCAACAAUUUGUAC